AUGGAGGCUAAGUUGGUGCCGCUCCUCCAAGAAUUCCUGUUCAACGGCGAUGCGCGGCUCUCCAACCUCCGCGUAACCCACGUAUCACUUGCCCUCUUCAUCCUGUGGCUCACCACCUCCACCACCCUCGCCCUCUACAACCUCCUCCUCCACCCGCUCGCCAAAUACCCGGGCCCGCGCCUCGCCGCCUGCACGUCCCUCGUCUACCUGUACCACUUCCUCGCCGGCACCAGCGUGUCGUGGGUCGCCGCGCAGCACCGGCGCUACGGCGCCGUCGUGCGCCUCGCGCCCGACCGCCUCAGCUACACGAAGGCGGAGGCCUGGAAGGACAUCUUCGGGCACCGCACGGGCGGACACCGCGCGAACCCAAAGGACGCGCGCACGCAGUCCGGCGCCAUCGAUGGCUAUCACAGCCUCGUUACCGAGCCGGAUGACGAGCGGCACGGGCAGACGAGGCGGGUGUUUUCGCACGCGUUUUCGGACCGGGCGUUGGUGCAGCAGGAGGGGUUGAUUCAGGGGUAUGUGGGGGAGUUGGUGGAGCUGAUACGGAGGGGGGGUGGUGGUGGGGUGGCGGGGGAGAAGGGGAAGACGAAGGAGAUGGAUGCGGUCAAGUUGUUUAACUUCGCGACGUUUGAUAUCAUGGCGGAUCUGGCGUUUGGCGAUCCGCUCGGGAAUUUGAAGGAGGCGACGUAUGCGCCGUGGGUGGAUGCCAUGUUUGGGUGUUUUAAGAACCUCCAGAUUAUCAGCGCAUUGAACGAAUACCGCAUCGCCCAGAUCAUCUAUGCCGUCUUUCUGAUGCCACGCACCGUCAGAGCCGCCGCCGAGCUGACCAUCUCCCAGUGCGCGGAUCUAGUCGCGCGCCGGAUGGACAAAGGCAAGACGGAGCGGCCCGACAUCUGGGGCCUCAUGAUGCGGGCCGAGGAGAGGGUGCAGUUCACGCGGGGCGAGAUGACAUCGCAGAGCUUCCUUUUCAUGAUUGCCGGCACCGAGACGACGGCCACUCUGCUGAGCGGAUUGACCUGGUUUUUGAUGAUGAAUCCGACAAAGUACAAGAAGUUGGCGGAGGAAAUAAGGGCUGUCGAGAGUGAGGAGGAAUUGGAGAGUGACAGGAACUUGCGCAAGUUGAAGUAUCUGAAUGCAUGCCUGGAGGAGGGCCUGAGGUUGUACCCUCCAGUGCCGUUGGGGACCAACCGUAAGGUUGCCCAAGGGGGGAACACGAUCUGUGGAGACUGGUUACCCGAAGACACUCGGCUCACGGUUGACCAUUAUUCUGCCUACCGCUCGGCAGAGAACUUCAAGGAUCCUGACGUCUUCCUCCCGGAGCGCUGGAUUCCUGGAGAGCCUGGAUUCGAAGAACAUCAUGCUUACGAUAAGCGUGAAGUUCUGCAGCCUUUCUCAUAUGGGCCCCGCAACUGCCUAGGGAAGAAUCUCGCCUACUACGAGAUGCGCGCAUUGUACGCCAAAGUACUCUGGAAUUUCGAUCUUGAGCUGUGCGCAGGGAUGGAGACUUGGAUUGACCAGAAGACGUGGGCCCUUUGGCACAAGCCCCCGCUCAUGGUCCGUUUCACGCCUCGUGUCCAAACUUGA